AUGCAGCAACAGCAGCAGCAGCCUGCUGCUGCUGCUGGCGCUGCUGCAGCUAAUGGGGCGCAGAGCGGGCAUUCAGGGGGGCUUCCUGCACCGCUGCAGGCUCUGCAGCAAGAAGAGCUGCGGGACGAGGCACAAGGAAGGCCAGACACGGCGGCGACCUUCGGCAGCGGUAGCAACGGCACCAACGGCAGCAGCAGCAGCAGCAGUAGCAAGGGUGAAAGCUGCUGCAGCCAAGUGUACGCGGAACGGCAGGCUGCCUUCAAGAGCCACCCAGCAGCAGAGGAGAUGCGGCAGCAGCGGCUAGAGAUGAAUUCUAUCAUAAGGUCGGGCGCGCGUGCUGAACUGCUGCGGCAGCUGCGUGCAGAGACAGAGAGACAGCUGCGGCAGCAGGAGGAGCUGCUGCAGCAGCAGCAGCUAGAGGAGGAUGCUAGCAGCCAAGUGCAGCAGAGAAGACACCGCAACUACUCCGCCUGCACUCCUGGCGAAGGCAUGAAGGCCUCUCUCGAGUGUAUGGAUGGCCGCCCGCUGCAGCAGCUAAUCACACAGCCACAGACAUUGUACGAGCUUCCAGAAGACUUAAAGUCAGGGGAUUAUAUGGUCUCUGUGCGCCCUGAGGGCCGCAGCUGUUUGCUGCUGCUGCGGGGCGGCCGCGGGCAUUUGCUGGGGAAGAACGGGCGGCCGCUGCUGCGGCUGCAGUGCAGCAGCAAAUCGCAGCUUACUGCAGGCGCAGCAGCGCGAGCUUGCAUGCGAGGUGGGGGCUCAAUGCUACUGCUGUCACAGCAGCAGCAGCAGCAUGAGCUGCACACGCUGCCGCUAGGGACUGAUGCGCUGCAGGAGGAGCUCCAGAAGGAGACAUAUUUCGGUAUGCGAGCUCAAGAGAAGCAGCAGCAGCUGCUGCAGCUAAGUAGAAUGUUCGAUGUCUCCUUGUACAAUGGCGCUGCUGCUGACACCCCCCCGGGCGGCUCUAACCAGGCUGAAGGCAGCAUGAUGCAAGACCAUCAACUGCAGCAAGAGCAGCAGCAGCAGCAUCGGCAGCAGCAGCAGCAGCAGCGGGGGAUCCCACUGAUGUAUUUGCCUGUGGGGGUUUUAUCAAAAGGGCUGACGCUAUUAGAAUGCGUUUUGUGUCCAUACACCCCAGCGAACAUGCAGCACUGCAGCAUGCGGUACGCGGAAGCGGAGGGAGACACUGAAGCAGCAGCAGCAGCAGCAGCACCAGGAGCAGCAGCAGGGGCGGAGGAGCCUCUGUGGCAGGUGCUGUUUGUUGUAGAUGUUUUAUUUCUUGGAGGCCUCAUGCUCGGCCACUGCGACUUUGAGUGCCGGCAUUUCUUUUUAAAAAGCAGAAUUGAGGAGACACCUGAGGCGUUUGCGCCGCUACAGCUGCUACCAUUUGCCGAUGCGGCUGCAUCUGAGUUGCAGUCUCUCGUAGCUGGCCCUUUUUUAUAUCCGCCUGAUGGUUUUCUCUUUCACCACAAGUUGGCUCCCCACAUCGGGGGCCCAAACCCUCUUGCUUUAUCUUGGAGAGACGACAGCAUUGCCCGGUUUCCUCUUGAUGAGAAGAAUAGGGGGCAGCAGCUCAUUGACACAUUUUUGCUGCUGCACCCAAACGGGGAACUCCGAAGCAGCGAGGGCCUCGUCGUGGGGCUGGCAGACCCCAAGCAGUUUUGCCUUGAAGGCAUGACGGAGCCUUGCAUAGCUCAUUUUAAAGUGGGAGAUUUAGACCUAAAAGAGCGCCGCUUCCUUCGCGUUGAGAGAAUCGAUGCAGAAGAGGCUUGCAUGCACCUUGAUGCAGAAAGGAGAGGAGCAGCAGCGGCUGCUGCCUCGCCGCCAGACACUCGCUCCCCCGGCGAUGGGGACACCCACACAACCCAGAAAUCCCCCCCUGCAGCAGCAGCAGCAGCAACAGCAACAGCAGCAGCAGCAGCAGCAGGAGGGAGAGGCAAUAGGAAAGCCAACCGGCGGAGGCCCCCUCGCGUUAUAAGAGAAAGGGCCCCUGAUGCUUUUUCAAAGCUAGCAGACCAGUGGCUGCGUUUGCGGGGCGACUGUCAGCGGGGCUGCAGCAACAGACAGACAGCGCCCCGCGAAUCGGCGCUGCAAAUUGAAGGACUCCAGCCCGCUGCCUCUGCAGCAGGGAGACACACCAGCAGCGCAGCAGCAGCAGCUGCCGCCGCAGCAGCAGCAGCGCAGCUAAACACGUGUAGCAGUGACAGUGACGAGGGUUUAAAGAAGAGGGGUAUGGGAGAGACGCAGCCCGUUAUUCGGGAGCUCAACGAGAGCUCCACCCCUUAA